CACCCGGUUAGUUGCGUGUGCUCGGGAACGCUGCUCCAACGGCAACCUCAGCACAAUAUAUUCACCCUUUAACCCGUCACCACCGCUGGUAGCUGUGCCGUUCUCCUCGUCGUUGUGUCACGGUAUAUGGUGCGUGUCACGCUUGACGUGUCGUGCUAGUGUAUUGUUGAAAAACCCCCGCGUUGUGUACGAUCUUCGGUGCCGAUCCCCAAGUGCUGUGAUCGACGUCCAGAGGGAAGUGCGGUGAAAUUGGUAUCGGAUCUGCAUACGUACUGUGACGUUGGCAAACGUGGUGGUGGUGUCUAGUGUACGCAGUUUUCGUGACCGUUGCCAUCGGCGACGGGUGAUUCAUAGUUGCGCAGAAGGGCAUACCGGACCGCAGCAACAAAAAAAAAAAAUCAAUACCCAAGUGGUUCGGAAGCACGGCAUUCGAACUCAACGGAGUGCCACAACGCCGCACCGGACGACACUGAAGACGGCCAUAGCAGAAGGAGGUUAAAUUUAAGUCUCCAUUCCACCGUAUAACUGGCCAACCCGAGCGGAAUGAAUUACGGGCGUAAAACGCCGUCGACGUACCGGUCGACACCGUCGGUAUACUCCCACAUUACCAGCCGAUCCCAGUCGAACCUACACUCGCAGCGAUCGCGAUCGAUGAAAUCUGUCAUGAUCCCGUGGUACCAGAAGCCGAUCCUGCACAACAACAAAUAUCUGGACAUUCAGCGGGGUGCCUUCAUCAUGGGGCUGUUUGCGAUCUUCGUUGCGAUCUUCACGAUCGGUACGGCCGUGUUUGACAUCUACUGCCUAGCGUUGGCAGCGCCUGGAUCAUCCCACUACGGCUACUAUAUCAUCUCGUACGAGUUUGUGUACGUUGGUAAUGUGCACGUGCGGAACGCACUGAUGGUGGCGGCCCUGUUCUCGCUGAUCGGUGGUCUGGUGGUGCUGGUGACGAGUAUCAUGCUGGUGCAUGCGCUGCGCAAGGAAUACGAAUCGAAGAUCGUACCCUGGCUGUGGUCGUUCGCCAUCUUCACGCUGUUCCGCCUGUUGGCGUUCCUGUUCUUCUCGAUCGUGAACGAUCUGAUCUUCGCGUACAACAUACUGAUCACACUGAUCUGGAGCGUCGUCAUUGUCGCAUCGAUCUACGGCUGGCUGAUGGUGUACUCGCUGUAUCUGGAGCUGGCCGAUCUGACGAAGCUGGAAGAUCUUGCACACCUGCGAAUGGGUACGAUGCAAUCGCUGAACGCUUCCGUUGCACACUCGCUGGCCGGUUCGCGGCCUACGACACCGCACAGUACCGUCUCGACCAUGCCGGUCGGUGACACGAAGUUCAUCUAAAACCCCCGCCAUCGGAAAAAAUCGCCCAUCCGUCCAACACAUUGUCUAUCGUUCCGUCCAAAAACGAAAAGCAAGCAAACAACCACCCGUACAAACAAACGAUGAGAAUAUCGCCAGUCUUUAGGGAAAAGUAAUAACGCGCACAUAACAAUCGAAGCAAACGAGUAGCUCGGCAUGUUUAGAGUGCCGUUUCGUCCGAAGAUCGUUUUCGAAGACGAAGAGGAUUUUUUUAACAUUUAGUUUCGUAAUCGUAAUAGCGUAGCUCUUAAGUUGACGGUAAUGUGCGGUGACUUCAACUGUCAGUGGUGCGCAUAGGUGACGAACCCCGUUACACCUCGCUGCACCGGGUACGACAGUGCAGUGGUACAUCGCUCGAAGUUUUGUUUUAUACAUUCCACAGUGAUCAAUAAAUUAUUGAUUUCU